CAUAUUGUGGACAAUCAAAGACUACAGCUAUCAGGAACAGUAUGAAUUUGUACAGCAUUUAAAGAGUUGUUUGCAAGAAUAUUGUUGUGGCUGAGCCCAUUAGGUCCGUAAUCAGUUGUCUUUCUCUUUUGUGAACUUUUUCAUUUAUUUUUAUUUGCUGUCAUUUGAGUCCUUUCACAGUGUAGGCCUCUAAUAGACUGUCUUGUCAGUUUGAUAACUUAGUGAGACAUAAAUGGUGUCAUUUCAGAUUUUUCUCUGCCAAAAAUAUCAUAAAUAGUAAAGAAAUGUCAUUACAUGCAUCAUUUGAUGAAUCAACCUGCAGCCGCUCCACAAGAUGGCGCUCUUUCUCCGGAAUGAGCGCAUGCGUGUUAAAUCUCUUAACCAAUCAGAUGGCCGCUGGGAAAUUUAAACUUCAACAGGCGGUAGUGUGACUUGCUCAGUAAAACAACAAAACACCAAACCAAGCCCCAAAGACUUCAUCAACAUGGAUCUAGCUAAUGACGGCUAUACAAAGAUGUAUUUCUAUGAAAACAGGCUGUUAACUUUCGUUGGCUGGCCGUUUGAGGAGGGCUGCGGUUGUACCCCUGAGAACAUGGCUAAAGCUGGAUUCAUUCACACACCGUCUGGAAACAGCCCCGACGUAGCGCAGUGCUUCUUUUGUCUGAAAGAGCUGGAGGGCUGGGAGCCUGAAGACGACCCCAAAAAGGAGCACAAAGCGCAUUCGCCCACCUGCAACUUCAUCACAAUGAAGAAGUCGGUGGAAGAUCUGACUGUGGAGGAAUUUCUCAGACUUGAGAAAGAGAGACAGAAAUUUGGGAUUAAAAAGACAUGCCAACAAGCCAUUGUUAAGUUUGAAGAGGCUGUGAAGUUGAAAAGAGGCAAGAUCAUUCAGACAGCAAUGGGUGAAGAAUGAAGAUGGACACCGAGACUACCUCAUGACCUCUUUGUGUUUCUGUUUCCCUUGCUGCUUUAGACAUGUAUAUACUUGGAGUGGAUUUUGUGUGUGUGUGUGUGUGUGUGUGUGUGUGUGUGUGUGUGUGUGUGUGUGUGUGUGUGUGUAUUAAUGUGUCAGCUGCAGCCUGUGUGGCAACCUUGAGAAAAUUAUGUUUAGCUGAACUAUGUACAGACUUCUCUUUGAGGAAGCCUAAUGCUAUGCAGAACCUGGUUAGGCUAAGCAAUACCUUAUUAAAUCAAAUCAGGGUUGCUGAGGGUGGGGACUAAACACAUGCAAUGGCUGGAGCACAUAUAGGGGAGGUGGAACCAAA